AUUUUAUUUUGAUGUAUAGGAUUGUUAGUUUCCUUUGUGGUUACUUAAAUAUUUACGCCUAUUUUCUAGGUUUAAACCAAUCUUUUAUUUCUUUAUAUGCCUUGACUUCCUCUACAUAUGAAAGAUCUGUUACUAUAUUUUCUGUCCCUCUUUUUUGUUUUAUUGUUGUCAUCUUUUACAUAAUGAAGUCUGUGUUUCCCUGUUUUGCGUGUUUUAGCUUUGAUUUAUGUUUGUGAUUUCCCUGUCUGGGUUGAUAUCCGGUUAUUCUGUCUUGUGUUCUAGUCUUGGGUUGGUAUCUGAUGUUAUUGAUUUUCUAACUAGAGGACUUCCUUUAGCAUUUCUUAUAAUUUGGUUUGAUUUUUGCUGACUUUUCUUUGUUCCUCUUACUCUUCUGUGCUGAAUUCCUUUUAUUUAUUUAUUUGUGUCUUUAGUUUUUAUAGAUUUUGUUUGCUGAGACUUUAUUUUUUUCUUCUUUAUUUUGAUGAGUAGGUUUGUUACCUUUCUUUGCUGUUACCUUGAAAUUUACUGCCCCUUUCCUAAGUUUGAACCAGUCUUUUAUUACUUGAUAACUCCUUGACUUCCUCUCUGUUUGAAAGUUCUAUACCUCUACCAUUUGUUCCCUCUUUUAUUGUUGUGAUGUUUUUAUCAUGUACAGAUUGACAUCUCUGGUUCCCUGUUGUAAAUUUUUUAGUUUUGUUUUAUUUGUGCGAGUUCAUUAUCUAGGUUGGUAUUUGACUCUGUCUUAUGUGGUGGAUUCACGUUGUUGUCUGAUGUUGCUUCUCAAAUUGAAGGACUCCCUUUAAUAAUUCUUUAAAGUUUUGUUUGGUUUUUAUGUAUUCCUUUAAUUUCUGUCUCGUUCUCUGUCAGUUUUUUAUUCCAUUUGGUGCUUCACUGAGUUCUUUAUUCCUUUAUUUGGUAUUUAGGGUUCCAGUAUUGACGUUUGUAUCUUUUUUACUUAAUUUUUUGAGUUUUUGCUGCAGAGGGAUGGCGUGGUGCUUCUGUCUGUAGUGCCAUGUUGGCUUACCCUCCAGGACUGUUUCUUAAUGGCAUGUCUUGUAUCUUGUUGUGCCUCACCAGUUUGGUUUGAGUUGUUCUAUUAUUCUAAGUUUACAAGAUGAUUUGAUGAGUCUGUAGGUCCAGUUGAGGCACGUUAAGCAGGUCCUUCUCUCAGAUUGUAGGAGAAUUUUCUCUGAGUUCCUGUAUCAGUAUAUUCAUUUGUGUAUUUAGUAUCUUCACCUGAAGGUCUCCAAGGUACCAUAGGCUCAUUCUGCCCAAGACUGAAACCAAAACCAAACCAAACCCAGUGCCGUUGAGUCGAUUCCGACUCAUAGUGACCCUAUAGGACAGAGUAGAACUGCCCCAUAGAGUUUCCAAGGAGUGCCUGGCAGAUUCGAACUACCGACCCUUUGGUUAGCAGCCGUAGCACUUAACCACUACACCACCAGGGUUUCCACCCAAGACCGAACUCAUGAUGAUAUUCGUCCCUCAACCAGAUCCUCUUCUAGAAUCUGUAUCUUAGCUACCCAUGCCAGGCAGAAUGCUGGAAAUCAUUCUGACCCUGUCUUUGAUGACCUCCUGAUGUUUGGCACAGCCUUGGGCCUUUUUGAGGGGCAAGGAUAAGGUAGAGACUUUUGAAGGAAAGCAGGGUGGUUUUGUGGGAAGAACAUUGGUUUGAGUCUGGGCUGUAUUGUCUGUUUAGGCACUGAGUUCUGUGUAGUGUUUUUAAGGACGUGUUUCCUUCUAACAUCUAGGCAGUUGUAAUAACUUCAAAAUGGUUCCUAAGUUUUUGUUUUGUAAAUUUCUUUUGCCCUUAGCAGAGAUAAUGAUGGGCGUUACUUGCAGUUUGGUGGUGGUAAUUUAUGUUAAGUCUUUAUUUUCCUCUAUUAUAUUUCUCAGUGAUGAAGGUAGGACAAAGCAUGAACUAACAGUUAUUUUCUUCUUUUAUUGACCACAUUCAACAAAGUAUUGGGUUGUGUGUGGGCACUACUGGAUUAUUUCUUUCAAUCGUUAUAAGAAACUUAGGAGGUACAUGUUGUCUUAUCCCAUUUUAUAGACGAUGAAAGUGAGACUUCAGUUAAAAAUUUGUGCCAGCCACAGAUGAUAAGAGGUAGAGAAGAACACUGUGCUGAGUCUAUGAUAUUAAAGCCUGUGUUCCUAAUGGCUUUGCUUUCCCCAUUGUGGCAGCUGUUAAAAUUCUAUAUUCCACAGGCCAAAGGGUUGGAUGCAAUUGUUCUCAGUCUGCUCAUUCUAGAUGGUGAAUCAGCCUACAGCCUGACCUUGAAGCCUAUCCUGCUGUUAUUAGCCCGAGUUAUCUUAGUGAAUGUAAGACAUAAACUGACAGCUGUUCAGAGUUUGCCGUGGUGGACUUUGAGAUAUGUGAAUAUUCAUCAGCAAUUGCUUGAGGAGCGCUCACCUCAGCUUUUUGCUCUUGCUGAAUACUGUAUUGAUCAAGUGAAGAAACUACAAAACCUGUUUGUGGAUGACUCAGGUCGAUAUCUGGCUAUUCAGUUCCAUCUGGAAUGUGCAUAUGUAUUUUUAUAUUAUUAUGAGUAUGAAAAGGCAAAAAAUCAAUUUAAUGUUGCUAAAAACAUUGGCAGAUUACAAGUUGAUUUAACAGGUGCUUUGGGAAAAAGGACACGGUUUCAGGAAAAUUAUGUGGCACAACUUAUUCUAGAUGUAAGACGGGAAGGGGAUGUCUUUCCAGGUUGCGAAUUAAGUCCAGCACCCACUCCUCAGGAACAUUUAACCAAGAAUUUUGAGCUCAAUGAUGAUACUGUUCUGAAUGAGAUACAGUUAGCGGAUUGUGAACAGUUUCAGAUGCCUGACCUAUGUGCUGAAGAGCUUGCUGUUAUCCUUGGAAUUUGCACAAAUUUACAAAAGAACAGUCCAGUUCACAAGCUAACGGAAGUGGAACUGCUGGCAUUUACAUCAUGUUUGCUUUCACAACCAAAAUUCUGGGCCAUUCAGACAUCAGCCUUGACCCUCCGGACAAAACUUGAGAGAGGAAGCACACGCCGAGUGGAACGGGCAAUGAGACAGACACAGUUGACCCUGGAACUUUUCUUACAGUCAGCCGUCUUGAUAGUAUGCUUCUUGAUGUGGCUUCGGAGAGUUCCGUUGUUCAGUACCACUGCUCUUGCAGACCAAUAUGAAGAUAAGACUACAUCUGUAUUGGAACGUCUAAAGAUUUUCUAUUGCUGUCAAGUACCACCUCACUGGGCCAUUCAGCGCCAGCUUGCAGGUUUACUCUUUGAGUUGGGAUGUACCAGUUCAGCCCUUCAGAUAUAUGAGAAACUAGAAAUGUGGGAAGAUGCUGUCAUUUGUUAUGAAAGAGCUGGGCAGCGUGGGAAGGCAGAAGAAAUCCUUAGGCAAGAGUUGGAGAAAAAGGAAACACCAAGUUUAUACUGCUUGCUUGGAGAUGUCCUUCGUGACCACUCUUACUAUGACAAGGCCUGGGAGUUGUCCCGGCACCGCAGUGCUCGGGCUCAGCGCUCCAAAGGCCUCCUUCAUCUUCGAAACAGGGAGUUUAAAGACUGUGUGGAAUGCUUUGAACGCUCAGUGAAGAUUAAUCCCAUGCAGCUCGGGGUGUGGUUUUCUCUGGGCUGUGCCUACUUGGCCCUGGAAGACUAUGGAGGUUCAGCAAAGGCGUUUCAGCGUUGCGUGACUCUAGAACCCGAUAAUGCUGAGGCUUGGAACAAUUUAUCAACUUCCUAUAUCAGAUUAAAACAGAAAGUAAAAGCUUUUAGGACUUUACAAGAAGCACUCAAGUGCAACUAUGAACACUGGCAGAUCUGGGAGAACUACAUCCUUACCAGCACAGAUGUUGGAGAGUUCUCAGAAGCCAUUAAAGCUUACCACCGGCUCUUGGACUUAAGGGACAAAUACAAAGAUAUUCAGGUCCUUAAAAUUCUGGUCAGGGCAGUGAUUGAUGGCGUCACUGAUCGGAGUGGAGGUGUUGCUACAGACCUGAAAGGAAAGCUGCAAGAGUUAUUUGGCAGAGUAACUUCAAGAGUAACAAAUGAUGGUGAAAUCUGGAGGCUGUAUGCCCAAGUGUAUGGAAAUGGGCAGAGUGAGAAGCCUGAUGAAAACGAAAAGGCAUUCCAGUAUCUUUCUAAGGCAUACAAGUGUGACACACAAUCCAGUGGUUGGGAGAAAGAUAUGACAUCAUUUAAGGAAGUGGUUCAGCUAGCCUUAGGACUUGCACGUGUGGCUAUAAAAUGCAGUAAAAACAAAGCCAGUCCCCAAGAGGCUGUACAAGUGCUUUCUUCAAUUCGACUCAAUUUACGGGGCUUGUUAUCUAAAGCAAAGCAACUUUUUACAGAUGUGGCAAGUGGAGAAAUUUCCAGCCAGUUAGCUGAUAAAAUAGCAGCUAUGGACACCUUAGUAAUAGAGCUCCAAGACCUAAGCAACCAAUUUCGAAACCAGUAUUGACAGUGUUGGAAGCAGUUCCUGGACAAGAUGCUUUCACCUUCUGGCAUUUCUCUUAUACCUGUGUAUCUGAAACACAAGAUUUCAGUUUUUAAAUAAAUUUCUGUUUUAUGGCUAAUGUUCUUGCUUUUGAAAUGUUCUAAGCUUUCUGAAGUACUAUAAAUAAGCUUCCCUGUUCCUUUAGGCCUAAUUACAGUUGAAUUCAGUAUUUUUAUUAUUCAGUUAUUUCUGCACAAAGAGCAAAUAAAUUAUAGUUUGCUUUUUUGCAUAGGAUCUAUUCUCUGUCAGGCUAACAUGAAUUGGAUCAUCCUUUGGAAAAACUUAGUCCAAAAAGGAAAAAAAACACAUAUGACAAUUUCGUGGAAUCAUUGGAUCGACUGCUUUGUUGCCCAAAAGUGAUAAAAGAGUGGAUUUGAUGAUGGAAAACUUCGCACUUCUUAAGAUUCUGUGUGUCAGAAAGGACAUCCGUUACCGUUGCCGUCGAGUUGAUUCUGACUUAUAGAGACCCUAUAGGACAGAGUAGAACUGCCCAUAGUGUUUCCAGUGAGCGCCUGGUGGAUUCAAACUGCCGACCUUUUGGUUAACAGCCGUAGCUCUUAACCGCUAUGCCACCAGGGUUUCUAUAGACUUGUUAGUUAUAUUUAAUAACCACAUAUGUGAAUGUUUAACAUAACUGAGGAAAAUAUGUGUGAAGUACUAUAGUAAACUAGGAAAAGCUUAGGGCUUCAUAAUCAAAAGCAUCUCUACUACCUCUUAACACUUAAUUUCUAAUACUCAGGUACUUAAUUUCUUCAUCUGUAAAAUGGGUGUGGUAAUAUAGUACCUUCCAUCAAGUUCUUAAUAUCUCUUAACACUUUCACACAGCCUCAGAGUCAAGAACACAGUAUCUGUGAAAACAGCCAUAUUGCAUUAACUAAAGGGUCUUUGGUGCCUCAUAUUGAUAUAUUAUGGUUAAAUACUUUGCAUUACCAAAUGCCUAAUCUCUUUGGUUUUCCAGGAUUAAUACUUUUGUUUUCAGAACUGCAUUUUUGCUUUAUCAGUUAGAAAAAUAGAACAGAUAUGAUCCUCUAAUCUUUACUUAGUUGCCAUAGUAUGAAAUUCUAUCAUCGUACUAAUAGCUACAAGUUACUGAGUUCUAAGGGUCAAAAACACUAAGAAAAAUAACCAGGAUUCAAAGACUGCUAAAUCCUGCAUUCUUUCUACUUGCUGUGUUGGGACUAGGAGAAGCUUCCAGUGGUCAGCUGAUUUCAGUUUUUGCUUUCUAACAGUAAAUACUGGGUGAUUAGCCUGUCGUUGUUUAUAAAUUUCUCCAAAGAGAGAAAUUCUGUGAGGUCUCAGUUAAUA